AUGGCACUUUGGAAUUCACAAAAUUCUACGGGAUUGAUUCCGAAUGUUGUAGUUAGGCGUAGAGUUUUUGAUUUUCAAAGACAACAAGAGGCUGAAAAUGGACGGAGAAUCAACCCAUCUCCCUCCAAAUCAACCCCUAUUGUGGGGAAUGAGGGUUGGUGGGACGAUCUAUCUUUGUGUUUAUUAGGGGAUAUAAUAGAGGGAUUUUUGGGUCGAGAUUAA